AGAUGGAGUUUGGGGUUUUGCUUUGCUUUCGCUACUCAUCGUUUUUGAAGGCUCUUAUACAAUUAUUAUGCGAGCCGGUGAUGAACGGAAAUGGUUCUGCACCUCUCUACUGCUCUACAUCGUAGCUACCGCGCCGCCAAUAUGGCUACUAGAAACAAAGAUGUGUGAGUGGAGAAGAGAAGUCGAGUUGCAUGGAGAAAGCAAGAUCCGCAUAGGUAGGCUCGUUCCAGAUAAUCAGGAAAUUUACUGUAUACGAAUUUUCGCCGUACCUUACGACAGUUACCUACAACGAACAUCCUCAUUCCCUCAAGGUGGAGCUGAAGAGGAGCUUCGCCUUCAGCUUCUUGAGCAGCUCCUGCUAGUGGUGCUUAUUAUCGGGAGAUGGCUUCUUCCAAAAGGAGAUAUUAGCCGUGAACAAUUGUCACAGAUCUUACUAGCUUAUUUACACCCGUUGUCCUCACAACAUUUUUUUCAGGCGAUCUCCUCCGAUAUUGUCGAAUUUUUUGAUGUUUUCAAGGAAAAGCCUGUUUACAACAAUGUCGGCGUCCAACAAAUCGUACUUGCUGCUUGGACGCUUAGUCUUUUACAAUUUCCAUUCGUGCUCACAGUCAGCCGAGCUCGCAAGAUGAGGGUUGCCAUUACGAAGACUUACGAAGAAUUGAUACUGCCGACGAGACCGCCUAAUUUUUGGGAGGUAUGUAUGGGCUGAUA